AAUGUCGGGCUCGCGGACGUCAGUGUCAAUCCUUACUGCAGUUAGCUGAUAUUAUUUGCGCUGAAAUAGUGCGUAUUUUAUUAAUCCCAGUAUAAUCUGCUGGAUUUUUAACUCUAUAACUUUAGCAUGUCAACUUAUACGAGUUGACAAUUCAUCUCAAUGAAUAGAUCAAAUGUUCGAAUUUUUUGGUGAAUAACCUAAAUUAACAAAGUGCGAAUUGUGCUGUGUUAAUCUUUCUUCGUGUAUUCCUAAAACCUGUAUUUAAUAAAUCUGCUUGGCAAUACUAAUUAGCAGAAUGACGUUAAAUACUGAUGUUUAUGAUGACCUGUACCUAUACGCAACUCCAGAAAAGUUUUAUGUCGAGCCUGUAGGGACUAAAGUCUUACUCGUAGUGGACAGAGUAAGUCAGCAGAUUUACACACAGGCUGGAACAGCUAGUCAAAUUCCACCAACAGCUAGUCGUCGCAAAAUAUGGGGAAUAGUUGGGACUAUAAGGCUAUUGGCCUGUCGUUAUCUUAUCGUAAUUGCCGGCGCAGAAAGAAUUGGCACGAUAGCCGGGCAGCAGAUAUUCAAAAUAGUUUCAACCGAAAUCAUUCCCUACGCAAGAUCGUUACUCCACUUGAAUGAGAAACAAGCACAGAAUAAUUCCACUUAUAUAGAAAUGAUCAAGUCUGUCUUAGGCACGCCGCAUUUUUAUUUUAGUUAUACGUAUGACCUUAGCCAUACAAUGCAGAGGCUACAUAACACAACGCCAGAAUUUCUUCAGAUGCCUCUAUACGACAGAGCAGAUCCUCGUUUCGUGUGGAAUGCAUAUCUACUGCAGGAGCUGACUUCCAGGCCAGAACAGUACAAAUUUUGUUUGCCGAUCAUCCAUGGUUUCGUCUCAUUGAACACAAUCGUGGUAAAUGGGAUUGCAUUUAACUGGGGACUGGUAUCACGACGCAGCGUCCAGCGGGCGGGCACGAGAUUAUUCUCUCGCGGCAUAGAUGCAAAUGGUAAUGUUUCGAAUUACGUGGAAACAGAGCAAUUGGUAGAAGUGAAUGGCGAUCGAAGUUCCUUUGUACAGACUCGUGGUUCCAUUCCCCUUUUCUGGCAGCAAGCACCAAAUCUCAAGUACAAGCCGAGGCCACAGCUCAUUCCACAUGAGGAUCAUCAAACGGCUUGUACAAGACAUUUUGAUGCGCAGAUAUUCCAUUAUGGGAAACAGGUGUUAGUCAAUUUGAUCGAUCAUACCGGCGCGGAAGGAUCGCUGGAGAAGGCUUAUCGAGAAAUGGUGAACCGAAUAGGGAACCCGAACGUGCGAUUUGAAUCCUUCGACUUCCACGCUGAGUGUCGCAAGAUGCGGUGGGAUCGACUCAACAUUUUAAUGGAUCGGUUAGCUCACGAUCAAGAGCAAAUGGGUUACUUUUUACUAACUAGAGAUGGUGCAUUACUUUCCGUGCAGGAAGGAGUUUUCCGUACGAACUGUAUAGAUUGUCUGGACAGGACAAAUGUCCUUCAAAGUAUGCUGGCAAAGAGAGUCCUUUCAGAAGCUCUAGCUAAGCUAAAAGUCCUCAGAAGAGUAGAAGAGCACCCUCAACUUGAAAAUCUUUUCAAACAAGUCUGGGCUGAUAACGCGGAUGUGAUAAGUAUACAGUACUCAGGAACAAGUGCUUUAAAAACAGAUUUCACUCGGACUGGAAAGCGUACUAAACUUGGAGCAAUAAAAGAUGGUGUAAAUUCAAUGACGAGAUACUACAAGAACAACUUUGCUGACGGCUACCGACAGGAUUCUAUAGAACUCUUUCUGGGCCGCUAUAUGAUUCAGGAUGACGAGACCGACAAGUGUCCUCUCGAGUCUGAAAGAAAUUGGCGUUACGCUACAUUCCCUCUGGUCCUGUUAAUCGCAUCCUCGAUGUUAGUCGCUCACGUGAUUCUGCCUUCGAGGUACACCACUGAAGUACUACUUUAUAUGCUUUUUUGGGGAGGUAUGGUCGCAGGUACCUUCGCCACUAUUGUUCAUCACGGAAAGCAGUAUGUGGACAAGCCAAAAUUAACUUAGUACAUUCUGCGAAAGAAGGUUGCGACAAGUCCAAAUUCCCAAGGGAACCAUGGUAUGUUAAGAUUAUGUUUGAUGGAAUCAUUGUACUUUUGAUUGGAAAAUAUAGGAUACAUAUGUUAAA